AUGGCACAGUCAGUGCUGGUACCACCAGGACCUGACAGCUUCCACUUUUUUACGAAAGAGUCACUGGCAGCUAUUGAACAACGCAUUGCCGAGGAAAAAGCGAAGAAGUCCAAGCAAGAACGCAAAGACGUCGAUGAUGAUGAAAAUGGACCAAAACCGAAUAGCGAUUUGGAAGCUGGCAAAUCCCUGCCCUUUAUAUAUGGAGACAUACCUCCGGGAAUGGUGUCUGAGCCAUUGGAGGACCUGGACCCAUAUUACGUUAACAAAAAAACAUUUAUAGUAUUGAAUAGAGGAACAAUUUUCCGAUUCAGUGCCACGUCUGCUGUGUACCUGUUAACUCCUUACCCUCUUAGAAAAAUAGCUAUCAAGAUUUUGGUACAUUCAUAUCCUUCAUUAUUCAGCAUGCUUAUUAUGUGCACUAUUUUAACCAACUGUGUAUUUAUGACCAUGAGUAAUCCUCCAGAAUGGACGAAGAAUGUAGAAUACACGUUCACUGGGAUUUAUACCUUUGAAUCACUAAUAAAAAUUCUUGCAAGGGGCUUCUGUUUAGAAAAUUUCACUUUCCUCCGGGAUCCCUGGAAUUGGUUGGACUUCACAGUUAUAACAUUUGCAUAUGUGACAGAGUUUGUGGACCUGGGUAAUGUCUCAGCGUUGAGAACAUUCAGAGUUCUCCGGGCAUUGAAAACAAUAUCAGUCAUUCCAGGCCUGAAGACAAUUGUAGGGGCCCUCAUUCAGUCUGUGAAGAAGCUCUCAGAUGUCAUGAUCUUGACCGUGUUUUGUCUGAGUGUAUUUGCACUAAUAGGGCUCCAACUUUUCAUGGGGAACCUGAGGCAUAAAUGCCUGAUUUGGCCACCGGACAAUUCUACUUAUACAAUAAACAUCGUUUCCUAUUCAAUAGCUCAAUGGGAGGAAAACGGUACCUUUGUAAAUACGACAGUGACCACUUUUAACUGGGAAGAAUAUGUCCGUGAUGACAGUCACUUUUACUUCUUGGAAGGACAAAAUGAUGCUUUGCUGUGUGGCAAUGGUUCAGAUGCAGGUCAAUGUCCAGAAGGAUAUAUGUGUGUAAAAGCUGGUAGAAACCCCAACUAUGGCUAUACAAGUUUUGAUACCUUCAGCUGGGCCUUCUUGUCACUAUUUCGGCUGAUGACUCAGGACUUCUGGGAAAAUCUUUACCAACUGACUCUACGUGCUGCGGGCAAAACGUACAUGAUCUUUUUUGUCCUGGUGAUUUUCUUGGGUUCUUUCUACCUGAUCAACUUGAUCCUGGCUGUUGUUGCCAUGGCUUAUGAAGAGCAGAAUCAAGCCACCAUGGAAGAAGCUGAGCAGAAAGAGGCAGAGUUCCAGCAGAUGCUGGAACAGCUGAAAAAACAGCAAGAAGAGGCUCAGGCAGCAGCUUUAGCCGCCGCCGCUGGUGAAUCGAGAGAAUUUAGUGAAAUUGGUGGUGUAGGUGGGUUCUCAGAGAGCUCUUCAGCAACAUCAAAGUUGAGUUCCAAAAGUGCUAAGGAGAGGAAGAAUAGACGGAAAAAGAGAAAACAGAGAGAACAGUCUGAAGGAGAUGAAAAAGACGAUGAAUUUCACAAAUCAGAAUCAGAGGACAGCAUCCGCAGAAAAGGCUUUCGGUUCUCUAUUGAAGGGAACAGAUUAACCUAUGAAAAAAGAUUUUCUUCCCCACACCAGUCUUUGCUGAGCAUCCGCGGAUCGCUGUUUUCCCCCAGGCGCAGCAGCAAAACGAGCCUCUUCAGCUUCAGAGGCCGGGCAAAGGAUUUUGGAUCGGAGAAUGAUUUUGCUGACGAUGAGCACAGCACUUUUGAAGACAACGAGAGUAGGAGAGAUUCCCUCUUUGUUCCUCACCGGCACAGUGAGCGUCGCAACACAAAUGGGAAGAUGCACAGCACUGUGGACUGCAAUGGGGUGGUUUCCUUAGUUGGUGGGCCUCCUCCUCUUAUGUCACCCACUGGGCAGCUUCUUCCUGAGGGUACCACCACAGAAACAGAACUAAGAAAAAGACGCUCCAGUUCCUACCACAUGUCAAUGGAUUUUCUCUCAGAUCCUACUGCAAGGCAAAGAGCAAUGAGUAUAGCUAGCAUACUUACCAACACAAUGGAAGAACUUGAGGAAUCCAGACAGAAGUGCCCUCCCUGCUGGUACAAAUUUGCUAACAUGUGCUUAAUCUGGGAUUGCUGGGCUCCUUGGCUGAAAAUAAAGCAUAUUGUUAAUUUGAUUGUGAUGGAUCCGUUUGUGGACCUUGCUAUUACCAUCUGCAUUGUUUUAAAUACUUUGUUUAUGGCAAUGGAACAUUACCCGAUGACUCAACAGUUUAAUAAUGUGCUCUCCGUUGGAAACUUGGUGUUUACUGGCAUCUUCACAGCAGAAAUGUUUCUCAAAAUAAUUGCCAAGGAUCCUUAUUAUUAUUUCCAAGAAGGCUGGAAUAUUUUUGAUGGCAUCAUAGUCAGCCUGAGCUUGAUGGAGUUGGGUCUUGCAAAUGUGGAAGGGUUGUCUGUUCUAAGAUCCUUCAGAUUGCUGCGAGUUUUCAAACUGGCAAAAUCUUGGCCAACAUUAAACAUGUUAAUAAAGAUUAUUGGCAAUUCAGUUGGUGCCUUGGGAAAUUUGACUUUGGUUUUGGCUAUCAUUGUCUUCAUUUUUGCUGUGGUUGGAAUGCAGUUGUUUGGCAAAAACUACAAGGAAUGUGUCUGCAAGAUUUCCAAUGACUGUGAACUCCCACGCUGGCACAUGAAUGAUUUUUUUCAUUCUUUCUUGAUUGUCUUUCGAGUUCUUUGUGGAGAAUGGAUAGAGACUAUGUGGGAUUGUAUGGAGGUUGCUGGACAACCCAUGUGCCUUACUGUCUUCAUGAUGGUCAUGGUGAUUGGCAAUUUAGUGGUUUUGAAUCUUUUUCUGGCCUUGCUCCUGAGCUCCUUCAGUUCAGACAAUCUUGCUGCUACAGAUGAUGAUAAUGAAAUGAACAACCUCCAAAUUGCAGUGGCUAGGAUUCAGAAAGGAAUAGAUUUUAUAAAAAGAAAAGCUCAUGAAUGUGUAGAAAAGGCGUUUGUGAGAAAACAAAAGGCUUUGGAUGAAAUCAAGCCCCUUGAAGAUCUAAACAAUAAGAAAGACAGUUGCAUUUCUAAUCAUGUGAUAGUAGAUAUUGCCAAAGAUUUUAACUAUCUGAAAGAUGGCAAUGGGACUACCAGCGGCAUAGGAAGCAGCGUGGAAAAAUACAUCAUUGAUGAAAGUGAUUACAUGUCAUUCAUAAAUAACCCAAGUGUAACUGUGACAGUACCCAUUGCUGUUGGAGAAUCAGAUUUCGAAAAUUUAAAUACAGAGGAGUUUAGCAGUGAGUCAGAUCUGGAAGAAAGCAAAGAGAAACUAAAUGCAUCUAGUUCAUCUGAAGGUAGUACAGUUGAUGUUGGACUUCCCCCAAUUGGAGAACAACCUGAAGCUGAACCUGAAGAAUCUCUUGAACCAGAAGCCUGUUUUACAGAAGGCUGCAUCCGGAAAUUCAAGUGCUGCCAAGUCAGUUUAGAAGAUGGGAAAGGAAAACUGUGGUGGAAUCUUCGGAAGACUUGUUACAAAAUCGUAGAACAUAAUUGGUUUGAGACUUUUAUUGUCUUCAUGAUUCUCCUUAGCAGUGGUGCUCUGGCUUUCGAAGACAUAUACAUUGAGCAGCGCAAGACUAUCAAGACAGUCCUGGAAUACGCAGACAAGGUCUUCACCUACAUCUUCAUUUUAGAAAUGCUUCUGAAGUGGGUGGCUUAUGGCUUUCAAGUCUAUUUCACCAAUGCCUGGUGCUGGCUAGAUUUCCUCAUUGUUGAUGUCUCUAUCGUUAGCUUAACAGCGAAUGCCUUGGGCUACUCUGAACUUGGUGCAAUUAAAUCUCUUAGGACUUUAAGAGCUUUAAGACCUCUAAGAGCCUUGUCACGGUUCGAAGGAAUGAGGGUAGUGGUGAAUGCUCUCUUGGGAGCAAUUCCAUCUAUCAUGAAUGUGCUCCUUGUAUGUCUUAUAUUCUGGCUAAUCUUUAGCAUUAUGGGAGUGAAUCUGUUCGCUGGCAAGUUCUACCACUGUGUUAACACCACAACUGGGGAAAUGUUCAGCAUUGAUGAAGUUGACAAUCAGACUGAAUGUGAGAAUCUCAUCGAAAGAAAUGAAACAGCUAGAUGGAAAAAUGUAAAAGUCAAUUUCGAUAAUGUGGGACUUGGCUACCUCUCUCUGCUUCAAGUAGCCACUUUCAAAGGCUGGAUGGACAUCAUGUACGCAGCUGUAGAUUCACGAAAUGUGGAACAGCAGCCACAUUAUGAGGAUAACCUUUAUAUGUAUCUUUAUUUUGUCAUCUUUAUUAUCUUUGGAUCCUUCUUCACUUUGAAUUUAUUUAUUGGUGUCAUCAUAGAUAACUUCAAUCAGCAAAAAAAGAAGUUUGGAGGUCAAGACAUCUUUAUGACAGAAGAACAGAAAAAAUACUAUAAUGCAAUGAAAAAACUGGGCUCCAAGAAACCACAGAAACCUAUACCAAGGCCAGCAAACAAAUUUCAAGGCAUGGUCUUUGAUUUUGUAACAAAACAAGCCUUCGACAUCAGCAUCAUGAUUCUUAUCUGCCUUAACAUGGUUACCAUGAUGGUAGAAACUGAUGACCAAACCGAUGCAAUGGAAACUAUUUUGUAUCGGAUUAAUUUUAUCUUCAUUGUCCUUUUCACUGGAGAAUGUGUCUUGAAACUGAUUUCACUCCGCUAUUAUUAUUUUACAAUAGGCUGGAAUAUUUUUGAUUUUGUGGUUGUCAUCUUAUCUAUUGUAGGUAUGUUCCUCGCAGAGAUUAUUGAGAAAUAUUUUGUGUCCCCUACCUUGUUCCGAGUAAUUCGACUUGCCAGGAUAGGUCGAAUCCUGCGUCUAAUCAAGGGGGCAAAGGGGAUCCGCACUCUGCUUUUUGCCUUGAUGAUGUCUCUCCCUGCCUUGUUCAACAUUGGUCUCCUGCUUUUCCUGGUCAUGUUCAUCUACGCCAUAUUUGGAAUGUCCAACUUUGCCUAUGUGAAGAGAGAAGUUGGUAUUGAUGACAUGUUCAACUUUGAAACUUUUGGCAACAGCAUGAUCUGCCUUUUCCAAAUUACCACCUCUGCUGGCUGGGAUGGCUUGCUAGCGCCCAUUCUAAACAGCGGGCCUCCAGAUUGUGACCCUGAGAUAGACCAUCCGGGUAGCUCAGUCAAGGGAGACUGUGGCAAUCCUUCAGUUGGGAUUUUCUUCUUUGUCAGCUACAUUAUCAUCUCAUUUUUAGUUGUAGUCAACAUGUACAUUGCUGUCAUUUUGGAGAACUUCAGUGUGGCUACCGAAGAAAGUGCUGAACCUCUGAGCGAGGAUGAUUUUGAGAUGUUCUAUGAAGUCUGGGAAAAGUUUGAUCCAGAUGCAACCCAGUUCAUAGAAUUUGCCAAACUCUCUGAUUUUGCAGCCUCUUUGGAUCCUCCUCUUCUAAUACCAAAACCAAACAAAGUUCAGCUUAUUGCGAUGGACCUGCCCAUGGUGAGUGGCGAUAGAAUCCACUGCCUUGACAUCUUAUUUGCUUUCACCAAACGUGUCUUGGGUGAAAGCGAUGAAAUGGACGCCCUCCGAGUGCAAAUGGAAGACCGGUUUAUGGCUGCCAACCCUUCCAAAGCCUCUUAUGAACCAAUUACCACCACAUUGAAACGAAAACAAGAGGAAGUAUCCGCUGUUAUUAUUCAGCGAGCCUUUAGGUGCUACCUCUUAAGGCAAAAAGUUAAAAAAGUUUCCUGCAUGUUUAAUAAAGAUAGAAUUAAAGAAGGCACAGUUAUCAAAGAAGAUAUGAUCAUUGAUAAGCUAAAUGACAAUUCUACCCCUGAAAAAAAUGAUAUGACCCCCUCCACCACCUCUCCACCUUCCUACGAUAGCGUUACAAAGCCCGACAAAGAUAAAUAUGAGAAAGACAAAUCAGAAAAAGAAGAUAGAGGUAAAGAUGUCAGGGACUAUAAAAAAUAA